UGCAGUGUGUGUGGGAUGGCAGUGUGUGCGUUAUGCACCAAAAAUCACUGUAAGCUGCAGUCAGUCUUCCAUAUCCAGAAAUCCCUGUUAUUACACGAUGCCGAGAUGUAAGACUUUCUGCGUGUUCUUGAGCAUCUGUAAGUGGCGACACAUCUGCUGACUGAUGCGAAAGGGAAAGACAUGGGUGCUAUGAGACUAUCCUGACAGAGACAAACAUUUCUGCCAUUGGAUCAACAGAGUAUUUGCAGAAUGAACGGUCAUUUAUCCAAUUAUCGGGGUGGAUUUGGAAAUCAUUCUGCGGAUUUCAGUAAUUUUGAUGCGGCAUCAGUGAGGUCAGAUAAAACCACAAGAACAAAUGCAAAGAGUCUUUAUGAGCAAAGAAAAAACUAUGCCCGGGACACUGCCAGCACCAUAUCGGAGACCACCCAGUACCAUGUUGAGCACCUCACCACCUUCACCAUGGAUCGGAAAGAGGCCAUGCUAACGGUGGACGAUGGGAUCCGGAAGCUAAAAUUACUUGAUGCCAAAGGGAAAGUGUGGACCCAAGAUAUGUAUCUACAAGUUGAUGACAAAGGUGUUAGUUUGUCCGAUAUAGAAACAAAGACUGAAUUAGAGAACUUUCCUACAAGCACCAUUCAGCACUGUAAGGCUGUGAUGAAGGCCUGCAGAUACGAUUCCAUUCUGGCCCUUAUUUGUAAAGAGCCAACACAGAGCAGAGCUGAUCUGCACCUCUUCCAGUGUGAUGAGGUCAAGGCUUCUUUCAUCCAUCAAGAUAUUGACAGCGCGCUGAGUGAUAGCAGAGGAGGGAGACCAAGGACUCGGGUGGAUGUACUAAGGAAUAUUGCAGCAAGCGACAGCAAAGUUCCUCCACCUCCCCAUGCCCCAGCUCCAAGGCCUCCCGGAUCAGUCACCCAGGUGGAUGUACGCAGUCGUGUGGCAGCCUGGUCUGCCUGGGCAGCUGAGUACGGAGACUAUGAUCGGAGGUCCAGUCCAGAUCAUGAGGAGACGCCACAGAUGAUUGAAGCAAGAAUUGACAGAGAUGUGCAAAUCCUAAACCACAUAUUGGAUGACAUAGAAUUUUUCAUAAUGAAACUACAGAAGGCAGCUGAAGCCUUUUCUGAGCUGUCCAAGAGGAGAAAAUCAAAAAAGAAGAAGGGACCAGGGGAGGGCGUCCUAACAUUACGUGCCAAACCCCCUCCUCAAGAAGAAUUUACCGAUUGUUUACAAAAGUUCAAACAUGGCUUCAACCUCCUGGCAAAGCUUAAGUCCCACAUACAGAACCCCAGCGCUGCUGAGCUGGUUCACUUCCUUUUCACACCAUUAAGUAUGAUUGUGGAGGCAACAGGGGGCCCAGAGCUUGCAAAAACUGUUCUCAGCCCCCUCUUAAUAAAGGACGCCAUUGAUUUUCUUAAUUUUAUCCUGAACGAGGAAGAGAAGAGGCUGUGGUGGGGACUUGGUGAAACUUGGAUCAAGUCCAGAGUGGAUUGGCCUAAAGACCAGUUUAUUCCUCCAUACAUCCCACGUUUCAGGAACGGAUGGGAACCACCAUUGUUGACCUUUAUGGGGAUGCCUAAAGAGGCAGAACUGAACAACCUGCCAGAUUCCAUACCAAAUAUGUCUGACAUCCAAGAGAAACUGGGAACCAGAAGUUUAGCAACUGAGCUCUCCCGAGUUCCAGACUCAUUCGCCCCAGACAGAAAUGAGGAGACGAAUUCCCCAAAAUUUGCUGUAUGCAAGUACGACUUCGUAGCCAGGAACCUAAAUGAGCUCUCUGUGAUGAAAGAUGACCUUGUGGAGAUCAUUGAUGAUAAGAAGCAAUGGUGGAAAGUCCGUAAUUCCAGUGGUUCUUCUGGUUUUGUGCCAAACAACAUCCUGGGAAUGGCGAAGACUGAAGAGUCAUCGCUGGCCCGUUCAGACCCGCUCUACAGCCAAACCAUUCAGCAAUUGCUGGGAGAGCUGUCGGAGAAACAGAAGUCCGAGAAUGUCCCAAAGCAAGGAGACCCAGUUUUUACAGCGCCUACCCCACCUCCACACCCAGUCCCCUCCCCUCUCUCUAUACCAAUAUCCAAGUCCUGUCCAUCUGGAAGUCUGAUCAGUCGCCAGAGCAGCACGUCCAGCGACAGUGGGGGCAGCAGUAUGCGAGACCACCAGAGAGACAGACCCAUUGACCGCAGGAAGUCUCAGAUGGAGGAGGUUCAGGAUGAAUUAGUGCAGAGACUCACCAUUGGACGCAGUGCAGCCCAGAAGAAAUUCACUGUACCGCGCCAAAACACGACAGCAUUCAACAUUUCCUACAGUUCAUCCACAGAAGAUGUGAAAUCAUGGCUGCAGGCAAAGGGAUUCAGUUCUGUGACCGUCAACAGCCUUGGUGUGCUAACUGGCGCUCAGCUUUUUUCCCUCACCAAGGAUGAGAUAAAGACAGUCUGUCCAGAGGGACCAAGGGUUUACAACCAGGUGACUCUUCAGAAAGCUGCUUUAGAGGAACUUGACGGAAGCUCUGAGCUGCGGGAAGUCAUGAAAAAACGCCAAGAAAAGAUCAACGCCACUGCAAGCGAUUCUGGUGUAGAGUCCUUCGAUGAAGGAAACAAUCACUGAAUAAUUUAUAUGAUUUUGGAACUCCGCAGUCUUGUUGUAAUUAAUUUUGCCAAUUUGAUCUUCUCAGAGGUUUUGAUUGUCCCACUUUUCUCCCUUGUCUGUGUGUGUAUUGUAAGACUGUGCUUUAUGGUCAUGUUGUGGUUGACUGUUGUGGCAACAAAAGGGCAGAGUCCACUCCUUCCGUCAUGCCUGGAGCGUGUGAAUGGGUUCCUGGAUUGUGUUGCUUAGGGCAGAGCGUGUUGUUCCAGGUAAUAACCAUAAAAGUGUUGCUUAUGACGGCUUUCAAUUUCAGCCAUUGGAAGAGAUUUAAACAUUUUCUGUAUAUUUUGUCCUCAUGUA